AUGGUCGUAGUGGUCGCUCACUUGCUCGCAGGUGAGACUACACCUAGCGUCCAUUUGCUGGAACCCAACUCUCACCUGUGGCUCCACGUAGCUGGGCUCUGCUCAGCGGCCACACCCCCGGGCAACCGUCUCGGCCGGCAAGCUAAUCCAGGUGAGGGCGCUGUACACUUGUGCCGAGUGCACAGCGUACCGCGGACUCCACUGGAUGGAUGGUCGGAUGAAACACAGCGCCGGCAUCGUCGAGACGAGGCUCUGCCUGGUACGCCAUUGGAUAACUGCUGCCGGUAGGGGUCUCUGCAUCGCCUUCGCUGAGACGCGCCCACCCUCGCCGACGGAGACCGCGGACUCACGGCAAAUGCGGUCGUUCUCCACUACGAACAUAAAAGUCGUGGCCCCAUAGUGGGAUUCGGUCGCGCCAACCAGGCACAUGGGCAACCCGAUUCAGGGACGGCACUGCCCCCCCCCCAUGAGGGGAAGGGCCUAGAAAAGGUGGUCUAUAAAAUGCUGAGCACCACGAUUUCUGCAGGCCAGCCAAGGCCGCAGAUGCCAUCAACACAGACGAAACAAACAAAAUCGAAACAACAACAAUACCAAUUACAACAACAACAACCAUACUCAUUCUACUCAUCCUAGCUCUUCUUCCUCUACCUCUAUCUAUUCUUCAGCCUACUCUUCUCCCUCGUCACCUUCUUCUCCACAUCCCUCCCGUCGCCCCACUCGAUGUCACCAGACUGGCAGGGUGAGGCCGCUCACUCUGGCAGCCUGGAAUGUUCGUUCCCUUUUAGACAAUCCGAGGAGCAACCGACCGGAACGGAGGACGGCGCUAGUGGCACGAGAACUGGCGCGCUACAAGGUGGACAUCGCCGCACUCAGCGAGACCCGAUUCUCUGAACAAGGCCAACUGGAGGAGGUGGGUGCCGGACACACCUUCUUCUGGAGUGGUCGACCCAGGGCUGAGCGACGAGACGCGGGUGUCGCCUUUGCCAUCCGCACCGACAUCGUGGGACGACUGCCCUGUCUACCGCAGGGAAUCAACGAUCGCCUGAUGAGACCCCGCCUGCCUCUCCUACGGGGUGGGGGCAAAUUCGCCACCAUCAUCAGCGCCUACGCUCCGCCGAUGAGCAGCCCCGACGCCGCCGCAAGAGACAAGAUCUACGAGGACCUGCACGCCCUCUUGGCGACUGUGUCGAAGGCGGACAAGUUGAUUGUUCUUGGUGACUUCAACGCCCGCGUCGGAACAGACCAUACUGCCUGGAUAGGAGUGCUGGGUCCCCACGGUCUCGGCGACUCCAACGACAAUGGUCUGCUGCUGCUCCGCACCUGCGCAGAACACCGCCUCAUCCUGACGAACACGUUCUUCUGUCUGCCGGAGCGAGAGAAGGCCACCUGGAGGCAUCCUCGGUCGCGUCAGUGGCACCUGCUGGACUAUGUUCUCCUCCGAAGGCGUGGCCAGCGGGACGUGCUGGUGACGAAGGCGUUCGCGGGUGCUGACGGGUGGACCGACCAUCGCCUCGUCAUCUGGAAGAUCCGAAUUCGCCUACAACCUCGCAGGAGACCACAAGGUAAGCGACCCCCAGGUAAGCUGAAUGUUGCCCUGUUGUCUUUGCCCGCUCAUCAUCUUCAUUUCAGCACUGAGCUAGCUCAACGGCUAGACAACCUCCCAAUCGCUGAUGCCGCCACUGCCGAGAACGCCUCCGUGGAGAACCGCGGGUGUCAACUGCGAGACACGGUCCAGUCGACGGCGCUCGCCGUCCUCGGUCGCGCUCCCCGCCAACACCAGGACUGGUUCGACGACAAUGACGCCGCCAUCAGAAAUCUGCUUGCUGAGAAGAACCGCCUCCACAAAGCCUACGUAGAUCACCCCACUGACGACAACAAAGCUGCCUUCUACCGCAGUCGCCGCCAACUUCAGCAACGACUGCGCGAGAUGCAGGACGCCUGGACUGCUCGCAAAGCUGAGGAGAUCCAAGGCUACGCGGACCGCAACGAAUGGAAGAACUUCUUCUCCGCGAUCAAAGCUGUCUACGGUCCGCCGACGAAGGGCACUGCUCCUCUCCUCAGCGCCGACGGAAACACUCUCCUGACUGAGAAGACGCAAAUCCUACGACGAUGGGCCGAGCAUUUCCUGAGCGUCCUCAACUUCCUAUCCGUCAUCUCCGACGACGCCAUCGCCCGCUUGCCUCAAGUGGCGACCAACGUGGACCUCGACCUCCCGCCAUCUCUCCAGGAGACCAUCAGGGCAGUGCAGAAGCUCUCGAGCGGGAAAGCACCCGGAUCGGACGCAAUCCCUGCUGAGGUCUACAAGCACGGAGGUCCCCUACUGAUGGGUCACCUGACUGCGCUCUUCCAGGAGAUGUGGCGUCAAGGUGAAGUCCCGCAAGAUUUCAAGGACGCCAUCAUCGUGCACCUAUACAAGCGAAAAGGGAAUUGCCAAGUCUGCGACAAUCACCGCGGCAUCUCCCUACUGAACAUCGCCGGGAAGAUCUUCGCUCGCAUCCUCCUCAACCGCUUCAAUACCCACCUGGAACAAGACCUUCUGCCGGAAAGCCAAUGCGGCUUCCGUCGUCAUCGUGGGACCAUGGAUAUGACCUUCGCCGCCCGCCAACUUCAGGAGAAGUGCCAGGAGAUGCGGACCCACCUCUACUCUACCUUCGUGGACCUGACAAAUGCCUUCGCCACGGUGAAUCGUGAAGGACUGUGGAAGAUCAUGCAGAAAUUCGGCUGUCCGGAGCGAUUCACUCAGAUGGUGCGUCAGCUGCACGACGGUAUGAUGGCGCGAGUCACGGACAACGGAGCUGUCUCAGAGGCAUUCGCAGUGACCAACGGAGUGAAUCAGGGCUGUGUGCUGGCGCUUCCCUCUUCAGUCUUAUGUUCUCUGCCAUGCUGCUGGACGCCUACCGCGACGAACGCCCUGGAAUCCGCAUCGUCUAUAGAACGGACGGUCAUCUCCUGA